AGUCAUCGAAACGCCUUGCUAGAGUGAUCAGCGUUUUGUUGAUCUUUCUCACUUUUUACAAAGCUUCAUUUUUGAUACUCGAAUAAGAACCCAACGCGCUUUAUUUGCGACGGUGGAAAUAAAUAUUAAGUUUUCUUUUGAAUUUUUAUUACCUUGUGAAGAGUUUCUGAAUUAGAAGUCAAAAUGGGUCUCGCAAAAAUAUUUGCAAACGAGACCUUCAGAAUGCUGUUUAUAGCCGCUGGUAUAAUGGUAUGCUUCUUGUAUUAUGGGGUGAUGCAAGAAAAAAUUAUGCGAGGGUGUUAUGGCGGUGAAGUUCGUGAAGGAGGAAAAUGCGAGGGCGGAGAAAAAUAUGAAUACGAAUUUAUGUUGGUCGGAUGUUUAUCAUUGUCAUACGCAAUCGUUGCAAGACUCUUACUUCUUUGUAAAUCAUCAGAAGAGAAAGACAAGACUCAUCAAGGGUGGUAUGCUGCAUCAGCAUUUACUUAUCUCGCUGCUAUGGUUUGUGGCAAUAUGGCAUUAAGGUUUAUAACUUAUCCAACCCAAGUAAUAGCCAAAAGUUCAAAACCCAUACCAGUCAUGAUAAUUGGAGUUCUUCUCGCCCAUAAACGGUAUACGAUUCAGAAAUAUUUCUUCGUAAUUUUAAUCGUUGUAGGUGUAAUUAUGUUCAUCUAUAAAGAUGGGAAAAGUGGAGAAGAAAAGGAUAACAGCAGUAUUGGACUUAUUUUGAUUGGUAUGAGUUUACUCUCAGACGGUGUCUUAGGUGCAAUUGAAGAUAGAAUGCGUGCAGCAACAAAGCCAUCAGCGCUUAAUUUCAUGUUUUCAAUCAACAUGUUCGCUGCCAUUUUCCUUGCUGUUAUUGUCGUUGCUUCUGGAGAAAUUUCUCAUUUCUUCACAUUCGCUACGAAAUAUCCGGAAGUUUAUAUGAAGAUUGGAACACUUGCAAUUGUGGGCAGUUUUGGACAAGUUUUCAUUUUCAUGAUGAUCUCUGAAUUUGGACCAUUGCCGUGUUCAAUUGUAACGACAACUAGGAAAUUCUUCACAGUUUUAAUAUCAGUAAUCUUCCUGGGUAAUGCUUUAACUACUCGUCAGAUAGUAGCCACCGGAAUUGUAUUUUCAGCUCUCUUUGCCGAUGCAUUCUUUGGAAAGAAACAACUUUGUGGACCGAAAGCUCAACCUGUCCCAACUCAAGAUCCGGACGUUGAAAAAAACACUGAUACAAAUGGAUCACCCACAAAAGAUGCUGUUGAAUUGCAGAAAUUAAACAGCAAUAAAACUGCCGAGUGAUCUUAAUGAUGCUAACGUUAUUUUUUAGUUAUUUAACUCACAUGACUCACAUAAAGCCGAGUAAGAACAGAAACAAACACACAAAUUCACUUUACAAAAAAAUCCAUUUAGCUGAUUUUAUUUUAUUUUUUUCACGUUAUAAUGAUGUUCUAUUGUAAUCGUUGAAUAAAGACGACGUAAAUGUACGGAGAAGUAUAUUUUAAUAAUUAUGUGUGCAAA